AUGGCUGGAAGGAAUGAUGCUGCGAUUGCUGCUGCCCUACAAGCUAUGGUUAAUGCAAUGGAGAAUCAGCCUAACCCUGCUGGAGAUGCUGGAACUCGCAGCUUGGCAACGUUUCAGCGAGAGAAGCCGCCUACCUUCAAGGGUAAACAUGAUCCUGAUGGUGCACUGGACUGGUUGAAAGAAAUUGAGCGGAUCUUUCGUGUGAUGGAUUGCACACCAGAUCAGAAGGUUCGUUAUGGGACUCAUAUGCUGGAAGUCGAAGCUGAUGACUGGUGGCUAGAGACUCGUCCAAUAUUGGAAGCUGCAGGUGAAGAGAUUACUUGGGAUGUGUUACGUAGGGAGUUCCUGAGGAAGUACUAUCCGGAAAGUGUUCGUGGAAAGAAGGAGAUUGAGUACCUUGAGCUGAAGCAAGGGAAUAUGUCGAUUACUGAAUAUGCUGCAAAGUUCAAGGAAUUGAACGGGUUGAAGUCUGACAUCAAGAAAGCAAUUGGAUAUCAGAGAAUCCGCAACUUGGAUUUGUUGGUUGAAAGCUGUAGGAUUUAUGAAGAAGACAGCACUGCUCAUUAUAAGCUGAUGAAUGAGAGGAGAGGUAAGUCACAUCAGAAUCGUGGCAAGCCUUAUGAUCCUCCAGCUGGUAGAGGAAAACUGAGACCAAAUGAUAACAAAAGGACUAGUAGGGGAGAUGCUCCUGUUGGUAUUGUUUGUCAUAAUUGUGGAAAACCUGGUCACAAGAGUAAUGUGUGUAGAACUGGUGUUGUGAAAUGUUACCGAUGCGGUGAACCAGGACAUAUUGCUACUGAUUGCAAGCGUAAGGGAGUGGUUUGUUUCAAUUGUGGUGAAGAAGGACAUACGCGUGACAAAUGCCAAAAGCCGAAGAAGAAUCAUACCAGUGGGACAGUGUUUGGUUUAGCUGGAAGUCAAGCUUCCAGUGAUGACAAACUCAUUCAAGGUACUUGUUUCAUUAAUAGAAUUCCUUUACUUGCUAUUGUUGAUACUGGGGCUUCACACUGCUUUAUUGCCGCUGAUUGUGUUGAACGUUUGGGUCUUGUGUUAUCUAAUAUGAAUGGGGAGAUGGUAGUUGAGACUCCAGCUAAGGGAUCAGUGACUACAUCUCUUGUAUGCUUGAAAUGUCCUUUGUCAAUAUUUGAUAGAGAUUUUCUUAUUGACUUAGUCUGUUUGCCUUUAAGUGGAAUGGAUGUAAUCCUCGGUAUGAACUGGUUAGAAUAUAACCGCGUUCAUAUUAACUGUUUUGAUAAGUCAGUGAGAUUUUCUACUCUUGAAGAGGAGGGAGACGGUUUGCUAUCUAAGAAACAGAUGAGGCGGCUGUUACUUGAGGAUGCUCAAGUAUUUGCCUUGGUAGCAUCAUUAUCCGUCGAGAAUCAAGCGAUAAUUGAUGAAUUGCAAGUUGUUUGUGAAUUUCCUGAAGUGUUUCCAGAUGAAAUUCCUGAAGUUCCUCCGGAACGAGAAGUUGAAUUUUCUAUUGACCUUCUGGUUAGUGCUCGAAUAUUUAGUAAGAUUGAUUUGAGGUCGGGUUAUCAUCAGAUCAAAGUAAAAGAUGAUGAUGUUCAGAAGACAGCGUUCAGGACUAGAUAUGGACACUAUGAGUAUACUGUAAUGCCUUUUGGUGUUACUAAUGCGCCGGGAGUCUUUAUGGAAUAUAUGAAUCGUAUAUUUCAUGAAUAUUUGGAUCGGUUCGUGGUAGUAUUUAUUGAUGAUAUCUUAAUUUAUUCUAAGUCGAAGGAAGAACACGUUGAGCACUUGAGAUUAGUAUUGCAAGUCUUGAAAGAAAGGAAGUUGUAUGCAAAACUGUCGAAGUGUGAUUUCUGGUUGGAGGAAGUUAGCUUUCUUGGUCAUGUUAUAUCAGGUGAUGGAAUUGCUGUAGAUCCAUCUAAAGUUGAUGUUGUGUUGCAAUGGGAAACUCCGAAGUCGGCAACUGAGAUUAGAAGCUUUUUGGGACUUGCUGGUUAUUACAGAAGGUUUAUUGAAGGUUUUUCUAAGUUGGCUCUUCCAUUGACUAAAUUGACUUGUAAAGGUAAAACUUUUGUAUGGGAUGCUCAAUGCGAAGAAGGUUUUAUAGAGUUGAAGAAGAGAUUGACAUCUGCUCCAGUGUUGACAUUGCCUAAUCCAGAAGAACCGUUUGUUGUAUACUGUGAUGCUUCUAAGUUUGGUUUAGGGGGUGUAUUGAUGCAGAAUAAUAAAGUAGUUGCUUAUGCGUCGAGGCAGUUGAGAAUACAUGAGAAGAAUUAUCCUACGCAUGAUUUGGAACUUGCUGCAGUUGUGUUUGCCCUAAAGAUUUGGAGACAUUAUCUGUAUGGCUCAAGAUUCGAAGUGUUCAGUGACCAUAAAAGAAAAGCGAAUGUUGUAGCUGAUGCCUUAAGUCGAAAGACUUUGCAUAUGUCAGCAAUGAUGGCUAAUGAGUUGGACUUGAUUGAGCAAUUUAGAGAUAUGAGCUUAGUAUGCGAAGUGACAUCGAAGAGUGUGAAGUUGGGUAUGUUGAAGAUUAAUAAUGAUUUUCUGGACAGCAUUAGAGAAGCUCAGAAGCAUGAUGUGAAAUUAGUAGAUUUGAUGCCUGGAGUUGAUCAUUUAGAGAGUGAUGAUUAUCAGUUGGAUGCGCAAGGCGUGCUGAGAUUUCGUGGUCGUAUUUGUAUUCCUGAUAAUGCAGAUAUGAAGAAGGCAAUUCUUGAAGAGAGUCACAGAAAAAUUGUUCGGGAGACUACUGAGAAGGUGAAGCUAAUUCGAGAAAAGAUGAAAGCGUCUCAGAGUAGACAGAAAAGUUAUCAUGAUAAGCGCAGAAAGGAUUUGGAAUUUGAAGCUGGUGAUCAUGUGUUUUUAAGAGUCACACCUGUGACAGGAGUUGGUAGAGCUUUGAAGUCUAAGAAGCUUACUCCUCGCUUUAUUGGCCCGUAUCAGAUAUUGGAAAGAGUUGGAAAGGUUGCUUAUCGGGUGGCGCUGCCGCCUAAUUUGUCGAAUCUGCACGAUGUAUUCCAUGUAUCGCAACUCCGGAAGUAUAUUUCAGAUCCGUCGCAUGUCAUUCCUAUGGACGAUGUGCAAGUACGUGACAAUCUUACCGUGGAAACGAUGCCUGUGAGAAUUGAAGAUCGGGAAGUAAAGACGUUGAGAGGAAAAGAGAUUGCUUUGGUUAAAGUAGUCUGGUUAGGAGCUGCCGGAGAAAGCUUGACGUGGGAAUUGGAAAGCAAGAUGCGGGAUUCUUACCCCGAGCUAUUUGAUCGAGGUAAUUUCGAGGACGAAAUUCUUUUAAGUAGGGGAGAGUUGUAA